UGCGGUAUACCAUACUGCGAUAAUGCAGUUAGCUACGAUAGGAGAUAUUUAUGAUCACUUUAUAACAGUGUCAAACUAAUUCAUGUGUAAAAUACAAUAAUUUGUGAACUUAAUAUGUGAUAGUGUAUCUGUUAAAAUCGUACAAAUAGUAUAAUUUAUAAAACAGCAUUCAAAAUAGAAUUUAACAAAAUUAGAUAACGUAUCCAUACGUAUCCAUACUUCUACUGAGAGUGAGAUCAAAAGAUUCUGUGAACAAUGGCUGCAACAAGAGAAAGACGGUCAAAUGCUGGAAGUAAAAUGGCAAGAUUAUUAAAUGAAGAGGAGGAAGAUGAGUUUUAUAAAACUACAUAUGGUGGCUUCGAUGAAGUGGAACAAGAUCAUGAUUACAUGGAAGAAGAUGAAGGAGAAGAUGAGGUAGACUCUGAUUUUAGCAUCGAUGAGAAUGAUGAGCCAGUUUCUGAUACUGAGCAAGAAGGGCCAAAAAAGAAACGCAGACUGGUAACGAAAGCUUAUAAAGAACCUAAAGCUGCAUCAUCACAUAUUUCAUCAACACCAAAGGAAAAGAAAAUAAAACAGCCGAAACAAACUAAAACUUUUAUCGAUAGUAUAGAAAGAAAGUCGAUACGUCGAUCUACUGCUGCAAAGUCAGCAGCUACACAAAAACGCUUACGUGAAAGAAAUGAAGAUCAAAAACGGAAGAUAAAGGUUGUGAGGUAUGAUGUGUGGAAACCAACGCAAGAGGAAUUACUAGAAGAAGCAUUGCAAACAGAGGAAGUUAAUAUGAAGUCGUUAGAAAAAUAUCAAAAAUUAGAAAGUGAAAAGAAGAACACUAGGACUGUAAGGAAAACACAUAUCGGUCCCAUGAUUAGAUAUCAAUCAUUGUCUAUGCCAGUUAUGGUGUUAUCUGAGACAAGUACGGAUGAUAAGGAUGAAAGGAUUAAUGUCGAUUGUGAUGACGACAAAAAUACAAAUGCAGUCUCUAAUGGUACAAGUUCUGAAGUCAUGAAAGAUGGAAGUGGAACAGAGUUAAAAAUAGAAACAGAUGAUAAGGAGAAACCUGCCGACGCAACAGUUCCCACCUCUGCUAAAAAGAAAGAUGUUCGUGGCGAAGAAACUGGAGCGUUUUACGAGCGCACCUUUAUUACCUUUGAAAACGACCAGUCAUAUCAAAGUGUAUUCAAAAAAUCCACACAACAAAGGCCACCUUUAAAACCUCUAUGCGCAGUCACGAGGCUGCCUGCUAAAUAUUUAGAUCCCAUGACACAGUUGCCAUACAAAAACGUACAAACCUUUCGAUUGCUCCGAGAAGCGUAUUAUCAACAGUUAGAAGCUCGCAGUGACAUUAAUGAUACCUCUCAAAAUCCAGAAUUAUUGCGGUGGCUCGAAUCGCGACAGAAAAGUCACGGUAAUUCGCAGAGAAACACCAUCCGUUUGGAACCGGCAUCUUUACCUCCACCUCCGUAACUUUUUUACUGUAAACUCGAGUAGUACUGACUCUAGUAUUAACAUUUCGGAACGUAAAUUAUGUUUCAUUAAGAGAGCACGAUACGUAACAACACCUUAAUACAAUUUACAAAAUGUACUUAUUCGAAAUUUGUUGUUCGAGGUUUCUAUGAAAAAUCCUCUUUUGCUUUUUAUAAUAAAAUUUUUAACGAAAAUUAAUAAGAGCGACAAUAAAUCAUUCCCAACUAUUUAACGCCUCUUUCAUAGAUUGAUUAUCGUUUUAUUUAUAAGUUGUGUAGAUAAUUAAUAUUAACGUUUAAUUAAUUAUCCCUGAUAUUUCACGAUAGUGUUUACUAUUAAAAUAUACAUAAAAAUUUGCUAUAUACUACAUUGUAUAUGUUUAAUGUAAAUAAACAAGUCGUUAACUUAAUUUCUGACAGAAUAUUAUAUAAUUAUUUUUAUAAAAUAUGUAUUCUGUUUCACAUUUUUUCACCUUCUUGUAUGAUGUAUGAUGUAUCUUGUAUGAUGUAUCUUUGUAAUAUCAAUUUCAAAGUAUAGUAAGUUACAAAACUGUGAAUAUAGUUUAUGUCCUGUGAUUAUAUAUUACAAUAUUAUAUAUUGUAUAAAAUAAUAUAUAUUGUUAUAAUAAAAAAAAAAUUUGCUUUUUGUUUAAUUGCAGUUGAUCUUUACAUCUGACAGCAACAUUGUACUGCACAAGUAUUUUAUUUGUGACUUACUAUCACGAACAGUUUGUGAAAGACUAUUGAGUAAUUAGUAUAUACAGUGUGAUGCUUUAUUUUUCGCAAGUGUUAACGGCGACUGAUUUUACUGUGUCGAUAUGCUGUCGCAGUAUGAAAAUGAUUAACACCAUUCAAGUAUUCUGUAGAUAUACUCAUUACAAAUAUCCGUCCUUUUUAAAAGCAAAUUUGGUUUUUUAUUAAUAAAAUAAUGAAAUACAAGGCAUUAUCAAUAAUAAUCUAUGUUGUUGUAGAUAUAAUAUCCCUUUUUUUGUAUGUAAUGAAAUGAGAGAGGAUAAAACAAUCUUAUAAUAUUUUAAAUUAUUCUUCAAUAUUCAACUGUAUAAAUCUAUUUCACUUAGCAUAAAGAAAAUGAAAUUCGCUUUCCCUAAGUUUUGUAGAGUUCAAUACAGCCUAAGGAUACAUUAAAUCAAAGGUAUAUCUGUAGAAAACUAUGGUCACUUCGACAUUGCUUGUACACAUUACAGUUUUGAAUUGUCCAUAAUAAAGUAAUAAGCCUGCUA